AUGGCUCAAAGAAAGUUCAGAUACGGCAUUCCCUCGUCAAGUCUACGACGACUAGUCCAACCCUUCGGUAGCCUGUGGCAGAAACCAGGCGUGACAAAACUUUAUUGGAAUUCUGCGCCGCAGCCUGAGUUUAUCCACCAGGACACGAGGCAGCUAUUUCUAGCAGAGCAAAGUCUCAGGACGAUGGAUCGAGGUCUUGAGGCUUGGCAGCAUACGCCCCUGCACUGCAGCUACCUGCAGCUACCCCAUGGAACAUCACUUAAUGAUCGGGAUCUUCUCAAAUAUGAGCCCCGGAAGUCUCAAGUCGCGUCCUUCCAGACUCGCGAGCUACUCAAGUAG